AUAAACUGGUUAUAUCAAGGGAAGUUGAAAAUGUCCAAGUGUUCCUUUAAACUGGAACUGCAAUUGAUCUCUGUGUGUUUUCUUGUUCCGUCCCUUUGAAAGGAGAAUGAGAGCCAAGAUUAUUGGCUGUACUGUGAAGCAGUCACAUCUCAGUACUGAAAUGGUACUGUGCAAGUGAAUUGAAAGUAUUUGGCUUUGUAUUUCAUAUCGCCAAGAGCUUUGAGAAUGGUGAACCAAGUGAAUGCUUUAUUUUAGGGCUGAGAUGCAGAUCCCUCCAAUCUGACAGCAUUUCAGCCUCCGGAGUGAGAAAGCAGCAGCAGCAGCAGCAGGAGCAGUAGCAGCAAUAGCAGGGAUAACAGCAGCAGCAGCAGCAGCAGCAGCAGCAGGAGCCCUCACUGAAGUCCAAUAGAAGAGACUUGAUCUCUACUUCAUCCUGGAACUCCACCUGGCCUUGUGCACUGUCCAGGGUCCUGAAACAUGAACCAAACUGCCAGUGUUUCCCAUCACAUCAAGUGUCAGCCCUCAAAAACAAUAAAGGAACUGGGAAGUAACAGCCCUCCUCAGAGAAACUGGAAGGGAAUUGCUAUUGCCCUGCUGGUGAUUUUAGUUGUAUGCUCUCUCAUCACCAUGUCAGUCAUCCUCUUAACCCCAGAUGAACUUUCAAAUUCAUCAGAAACUAGAUUGUCUUUAGAAGACCUCUUCAGGAAAGACUUUGUGCUUCAUGACCCAGAAGCUCGAUGGAUCAAUGAUACAGAUGUGGUGUAUAAAAGUGAAAAUGGACAUGUCAUUAAACUGAAUAUAGAAACAAAUGCCACCACAUUAUUACUGGAAAACACAACUUUUGUAACUUUUAAAGCAUCAAGACAUUCAGUUUCACCAGAUUUAAAAUAUGUUCUUCUGGCAUAUGACGUCAAACAGAUUUUUCAUUAUUCAUAUACUGCUUCCUAUGUGAUUUACAACAUACACACUAGGGAAGUUUGGGAGUUAAAUCCUCCAGAAGUAGAGGACUCCGUCCUGCAGUAUGCAGCCUGGGGUGUCCAAGGGCAGCAGCUGAUUUACAUUUUUGAAAAUAAUAUCUACUAUCAAUCUGAUAUAAAGAGCAGUUCAUUGCGAUUAACAUCAUCUGGAAAAGAAGGAAUUAUUUUUAAUGGAAUUGCUGACUGGUUAUAUGAAGAGGAACUUCUACAUUCUCACAUCGCCCACUGGUGGUCACCAGAUGGAGAAAGACUUGCCUUCUUGAUGAUAAAUGAUUCCUUGGUGCCUAACAUGGUUGUCCCUCGGUUUACUGGAGCGUUGUAUCCUAGGGGAAAGCAGUAUCCAUACCCCAAGGCAGGUCAGGUGAACCCAACAAUCAAAUUAUAUGUUGUAAACCUAUAUGGACCAACUCAUACUUUGGAACUCAUGCCACCAGACAGUUUUAAAUCAAGAGAAUAUUAUAUCACUAUGGUUAAAUGGGUAAGCAAUACCAAGACGGUGGUCAGAUGGUUAAACCGACCUCAGAACAUCUCCAUCCUCACAGUCUGUGAAACUACUACUGGUGCUUGCAGUAAAAAAUACGAGAUGACAUCAGAUACAUGGCUUUCUAAGCAGAAUGAGGAGCCUGUGUUCUCUAGAGAUGGCAGCAAAUUCUUUAUGACUGUUCCUGUGAAGCAAGGAGGGCGUGGAGAAUUUCACCACAUAGCUAUGUUCCUCAUUCAGAGUAAAAGUGAGCAAAUUACUGUGCGGCAUCUGACAUCAGGGAACUGGGAAGUGAUAAAGAUCUUGGCAUAUGAUGAAACUACUCAGAAAAUUUACUUUCUGAGCACUGAGUCUUCUCCCAGAGGGAGGCAACUCUACAGUGUUUCUACCGAAGGAUUAUUGAAUCGUCAAUGCAUUUCUUGUAAUUUUAUGAAAGAACAAUGUACUUAUUUUGGUGCCAGUUUUAGUCCCAUGAACCAACAUUUCUUACUAUUUUGUGAAGGUCCAGGGGUCCCAGUGGUCAGUCUGCAUAGCACAGACAAUCCAACAAAAUAUUUUGUAUUGGAAAAUAAUUCUAUGCGGAAGGAAGCUAUUCUCAAGAAGAAGAUAUUAAAGUCAGAAAUUAAAAUGCUUCAUAUUGACGACUAUGAACUUCCUUUACAGUUGUCCUUUCCCAAAGAUUUUACGGACCGAAACCAGUAUGCUCUUCUGUUAAUAAUGGAUGAAGAACCAGGAGGCCAGCUGGUUACAGAUAAGUUCCAUAUUGACUGGGAUUCAGUACUACUGGACACGGAUAAUGUCAUCAUAGCACGAUUUGAUGGCAGAGGAAGUGGAUUCCAGGGUCUGAAAGUUUUGCAGGAGAUUCAUCGAAGGUUAGGUUCAGUGGAAGUAAAGGACCAAAUAGCAGCUGUGAAAUUUUUGCUUAAACAGCCAUACAUUGACUCCAAAAGACUAAGCAUAUAUGGAAAGGGUUAUGGUGGCUAUAUUGCAUCAAUGAUCUUAAAAUCAGAUGAAAAGUUUUUUAAAUGUGGUACAGUGGUUGCACCCAUUACAGACUUAAAGCUGUAUGCCUCAGCUUUCUCUGAAAGAUACCUUGGUAUACCAUCUAAAGAAGAAAGCACAUACCAGGCAUCCAGUGUGCUACAUAAUAUUCAUGGCUUAAAAGAAGAAAAUAUAUUAAUAAUUCACGGGACUGCUGACACAAAAGUUCAUUUCCAACAUUCAGCAGAAUUAAUCAAACACCUAAUAAAAGCUGGAGUGAAUUAUACUAUGCAGGUCUACCCAGAUGAAGGUUAUAAUGUAUCUGAGAAGAGCAAGUACCAUCUCUACAGCACAAUCCUCAGAUUCUUCAGUGAAUGUUUAAAGGAAGACAUACCGGUGUUACCACAGGAACCAGAAGAAGAUGAAUAAUGGACCCUAUUUAUAUAGAACUGAAGGGGAUAUUGAGGCUCAAUGAAACCGAACCAAGAGACUGUAAUAUUGUAGAUGCUCCAGAAUUUCGAGGGCAGCUUAAGGAGAUGACAGUGGAACAGCACACUCAGAGACAAUGAACUAGAAUUUGAAUACAGAAGUCGAAAUCUACUGCGUUGCCUAGGGUGCAGAAUCUCUUUGUGUAAGGAAGGUCAAGGGUUGGUUUCCUGGCAGAAAUUAGUUUUGCAUUAAAAUAGACGUAGUGCAUGUUUUCUUCUGUUAUCUCCCAAUUUGUUCUGUAACUAGUUGCUUUCACUUUGAUUUAAAUGGCCACCAUCAUCUUUGCAUAUAAUGCACACCUUAUCAGUACUACAGUCCCUGAUCUUUGAUGGCUGAGCUGCAAUCUAACACUUUACUGUACCUUUACAAUAAGUGCAAUUCCUCAUUGUCUAUUAUUAUGCUUAAGGAAGUAUUCAGUUAAUAAAAACAGAGUAUUUUAUGUAAUUUGUUUAUAAAAAGACAUCAUUAAUGGGUCAUGUAGAACUAUGGAUUUCAGCACCUUCCAAAGUCCAGCCAGUUAUCAGUAGAUACAGUAUCUUUAAAUCAACACACAAGUGUAUGGCUCACAAUAUAUAUACACAAGUGUGCAUAUACAAUCAAUAAAUCUAUCUUACAUGUUACUCAUGCUACAAAGGAAAAUUUUAAUGGAAUUUAAAAAGAUACUCUUUUGCAGGCUAUAAUGGAUGCUUUGUUUAAUGAGCCAAAUGUGAAGAAACUUUUUUUUUCCAACUCAAAUCCUAGCUAUUGCUUUCCUACAAUGUUUGGGUUGUGUUUGGUAUUGUUUUAAGUGGUUAAUAGUUUUCUAGUUGCAAUUUAAUUUUUUGAAUAUGAUACCUUGUCACAUGUAAAUUAGAUACUUAAAUAUUAAAUUAUAGUUUCUGAUAAAGAAAUUUUGUUAACAAUGCAAUGCCACUGAGUGCUAUUUUGCUCUUUUGGUGGAAAAGGCUUUUUUAAGACCACUUGAUCCCUUAACUUCUACCCUCAAUGCAGAAUCAAUUCUCAUUUUCGUAAAAGCAAAGAGCUGGUUUAUUUCACUUGCUAGUUCCUGUUUAAUAUUCUAUGUCUGCCCAAUUCAUCUGUUGCUGUUUAAUUUAAAUCUUCUGGUGAGAAUUAGAAGUGAAAUAUUUUUUAUUCAUUGGCCAAAAUGUUCACAAACAGCAGUGUUUGCUAUUUAAUUUGAGUCGAAGUCACCACAUGCAUUAAUUCCUGUGCUGUGUUGACUUGCAGUAGUGAAUAAGUUAAAUUUGACUGAAUAAAGUCAAAUUUAAGUCAUGGGAAUAUUAACUUUGGUGACUAAAGAUGAAGAGUAUCUUCUCCCUUUACUUGAGGGACCUUCCAGAAGAUGUGUAAAGAUCUAUAACUAAGCUUAGAAGUUCUGAUAAAUGUAGGCAGUAGACUGUGUUUCGUGGUUUUGUAAAAUUUCUUAGGACAGACUGGAUAAUCAUAACUUCAGAGGCUGGAAGUCACCAGGAGAAAACUUUAAAAUAUCAUGGAACUACUUAAUAGCCCCCAUUUUUUGUCAAAGGAUCAAUCCAAAAAUCUGGGAAUUUGGAAACAUGAAUCAUUUUUGGGGGUAAUCUACUUUUCUACUGGAUGCUUUGGAAUUGUUUCUUCACUGUUCCAAUGGAUUCAAUUUAAUAUGGGAAAGGCUCUCUUUUCUGAAAGAUAAAUUUCAGGUCUUUUUCAAGGAUAGCAAACACAUUAAAAAUAAGUUGUAAUGUUUAAAAGGAAAGUUUGCCUAUUUUAUUAAGAUGAAAAUUUCUUUUUAGGUUGAUUUGAAGCCCAACUGAAGCUUUUUAAUCAAUAUUUUAAAUUUCAAUGACUAGAGUUUUUUAUGAUGCAAAUUAUUAUGUUGUCUGAAAGAUGUGGUUUUAUUGAAUGUUUAUUUAAGUAACAUUUAAAAAGUAUUUACCUUUACUG